AUGGUUUACGUAGAGCAGGAUGUUCCAAUUGAUACUGAUAUCGCUGUCUUGCGAAACAAAUUUGUCCCAGAUCUCAAUGUCAAGGAAAUCGAUGCCAAAUAUAAUCUUCGUCAAUUUCCAAAUCUGCCACCUACUCAGGAAAAGCUAGAUGUGUUAAAACUCGAGGUUAUUGAUUUAAGCAAAUACAAAGAGGGUUCUGAGGGGCUUGAAGCAAGAAAGGAACUAGCUAGUACAUUGGAAAAGGCCUUGACAACCUUAGGCUUUUUCAAUAUCAUCAACUUUGGGUAUCUGGAUGAGGAUUACGAUUAUCUUGCCUCCAUCUCCCAGGGGAUUUUGGAACUACCUCAAGAGGACAAAUUGAAAUACAGAUCAGGCGCACUAAGAUCCGAUGAGGAAGAUCGAACAAAAUCUCCUGGUGCAGAAAAAGGCUUUGGUUUCAAACCAAAGGGCUAUUGGAACGUUAAUGCAAAGGUUCGAGACAAUAUCGAGUUUUACAAUAUCACAGAUCUCGUCCAAGAUCAUUUAAUACUCGAUCCCAAAAAGAAAUAUCCCGAAUUAGUCAAAGCCCAUCUCCCAGAAAUAUUAAACUAUUAUCGUUUUUUGCAUUUCAAUGUAUUAAGAAAGGUUUGCAGUUUGUGUGAUAUAAUCUUACAAUUAAAAGAAGGAACGCUAUGGGAAACCCAUUUCAAAGUGUUUCAAGGUGACAGCUACAAUUCUAGUGGGGGAUUUGGUAGAUUAAUGGUAUACCAUGGCUUGACAAAAGAAGAAUACAAGUCCACUCACAACCAACAGUUAAGAGGACAUUCUGAUGGAACAGGAUUCACUUUUAUCAAGGGAUUCGCCGAGGUUUAUGGGUUGCAAAUCAGAGACUAUUAUUCUGGACAAUGGAAGUAUGUCAAACCAAUUAAGGAAGCCUUGUGUGUUAACAUUGGAGACUCGAUGGAGUUCAUUACAGGUGCAUAUUUCAAGUCUUCCAUCCAUAGAGUUGUUGCACCUCCAGACGACCAAAAACAAUUCAAAAGAAUGAUGGCAAUAUAUUUCUGUGGGCCCUCGUAUUCCUCGAUUCUUGAUCCAGAGCACUUGAACUCACCCAAGUUGAAAGCCUUGGGCAUCAACAAACCUGAGGAGUGGGAAAGAAUCAACUACUAUAAAUGGUGGGAUGAGAAAGGAAGGUUGUUUGGCAAGAAAAGUAUCAACGACGUUGAGGGAGACGAGCCCAAGCCCUUCAAGAUGUUUGGGAGACUAGCAGAAAGAUGGCACCAAGUCGACAAGAGCCAGGGAAUUGUGGUUUGA